AUGGAGGACAAAAAUUUAGAGAAGAAUGCCGUGGAGGCAUUUAAACAAAAAAUGGAAAAGAAGAAGCAAGAAUAUUUAAGAUUUAAUUUAUCAAGAAAUGAUGACAAUAUGAAGGACGGGGACGAAAAGAAGAAAGAAAUCAAUAUUAAUAAUAACGAUAAUUUCAAUAUUAAUAAUCAUUAUGUGAAUGAUAAACAUAUUGAUAAUAAAUAUAUAAAUAGACAUAUUAAAAAUAUCCAUGUGAGCAAUAACGAUGUGAUUAAUAAUCAUAUGAAUAAUAAUCAUAUUAAUAAUAAUCAUGUUAAUAACAAUCAUAUUAAUAAUAAUCAUAUGAAUAAUAAUCAUAUUAAUAAUAAUCAUGUUAAUAACAACCAUAUUAAUAACAACCAUAUUAAUAACAACCAUAUUAAUAACAAUCGAAUUAAUAACAAUCGUAUUAAUAACAUCCAUAUUAAUAACAACCAUAUUAAUAACAGCCAUAUUAAUAAUAACAAUCGUAUUAAUAAUAACAAUCGUGUUAAUAAUAACAACAAUAUUAAUAGAAUGAAUUCGAGUAGACAUAAAAAUAGAAAGGUAGUAUAUAUCGAAACAUAUGAUACAUAUGAUAAGUACAUUUUAAAUAUGUAUGAUGAAGAAAAUGAGACUUAUGAAGAUGAAAUAAAUAGAGAAAAUGGAGAAUCAAGAACACCAAAUGAAGGUAUAGAAUUUAAUAGAAUAGAAAAACGUGAAGAGAAUAUAUUUAUUCCUUUAAAGAUUUUAUCUAAUAAAUAUGAUUUUAAUGAUUUAGUAGAAGCAACAAAUAAUUUUUCAGAAUAUAAUAGAAUUGCAAAAGGAGGGAAUGGAACAGUAUAUAAAGGUGUUUUAAAGAAUUGUAUAAAUGUAGCUAUAAAAGUAUUAAAGAAAAAUGAAAAUAAUGGUUUUGAAAAUGAAAUAAUUAUUAUGAGUAGAUAUCGACAUAAUAAUAUUUUAUCUUUAUUAGGUUAUGCUAUGAAUAAAAAUAAUUUUUAUUUAAUAUAUGAAUAUGUUAAUCUAGGUGAUUUAAGAACAUUAUUAUUUAAUCAUUAUUAUUAUUAUAAUUCAAAAAACAAAGAAAAUCCAGAAUUAAGUUAUUAUAAUAUAAGUUGUUAUGAAAAUUAUCUACGUAAAAAAAAAAGUGCUUCUUCUUGUUCUUCUACAAAUUACAAUACAUCAACAUUUUAUAAACAAAAUAUUUUCCCCUAUUUCAAUAAUUCAAAAUAUUCACCAUUUCAACAAAACUCAUUUGAUAAUAACACACCUCUAUUUUUAUCAUUUAGUAUAAGAAUAAAUAUAUUAGUACAAAUAAUUAAUGUCUUAUGUUAUUUACAUACAUCUUCUCCUAUUGUAUAUCAUAGGGAUUUAAAAUCAGCAAACAUUUUAAUAGAUGAUCAAUUUAAUGCUAAGCUAGGUGAUUUUGGGCUUUCCUUUGUUUAUAUGAACAACAACAAUGUGUUUAACCUGACAGGAGGUACCCCAGGAUAUGCAGACCCCUAUUAUAUAUCUACUCAUGAAAUUAAUGAGCAAACAGAAAUUUAUUCAUUUGGUGCCCUCAUAUUAGAAAUGUUGGUAUCUAAAUCUCCUGCUAUUCAUGUAGGAAAGAAUUACAAUUGUAUUUAUAGUAAAAAUGAGAAAUGUCCUAUUUUUUAUCAUAAAAAGAAACAUGAUAAUGAUGAUAACGUUUUUGAUUAUUUAGUUAAUCAUUUAAAUAUGAGUGAUUACAAAUCAAUAUAUUCUAUUUUAGAUUAUAGCGUAAAUUUCCCUGAUUUUUUGGUCGAGAAAUUAACAAAAUUAUCCUUUCUUUGUCUGAACCCUAAUAUAAAGAAUAGACCAUCUUCUAAACUAGUAAAUUUAAUAUUAUUAGAAAUACAAAAGGAAUGUGAUUUAUUCAUGAAAAAACAACAAGAAACAUUCAAACGUAAAUUUAAUUGUAUAAAUAUGUAUUUGGAAGAUAUGGAAAGAGGAGAACAGAAACAAAAUAAAAAAAAAAUAUACAAUAAUAAUAAUAUUGAUAGUCAUAAUAAUAGUUACAAUUCUAAUAUUCUUGAGAAAAAUGAAAAACACUUUUCAGAAUCUAAAGGAAAUAAUAAAAAUAAAAAAUUCAAAACUGAAGAUUCUAAUAAGUUAGAACAAAAUUAUAAUAUUUUUCUAAAAAAAAUUAAAGAAAUAAAUUAUAAUACUCUGAAAAAAAGUUUCUAUAAUUUUGUUUAUCCUAUGUUUAAAAAUGAAAAUAUAUAUAAUUUUAGUGAACAUAUGCAUAAAAGAAAAAAAGAAUGUCCAGUUGAACAUAUUAAAGAACAUAUCAAAAAUGCAAAAAAAAAUUCAUCAACAAUAGAAAAUAACGAAUUAAAUAUGAAUGAUAUAUCUGCACCAAAUUAUACUAGAUUUAAAUACAAUACGAUUAGUAAUUUGUGUAAUAUAAAAGAAUGUAUAUUACACAAAAUGCAUAAAGACUUUUUUAGUAAAAAUUAUAUUUUAAAUUCUUUCUCCUUUAAUUUAAUGAACUGUUAUUUCUUGAAAUUUAUUUCGAAUUAUUUAAAAUAUGUAAACAUGCCUAAUGGUUCUAAUUCCCUUCUAAUCAAAGAUGAUGACGAUGACGAUGAUGAAUAUGAAGAUGAUGAAUAUGAAGAUGAGGAAGGAGAAUAUGAACAAGCACAUUUGAGUAAAAAAAAAUAUAUAGAAGAUAAAUAUAAAGAGGAAAAAUAUAAAGAUAAUAUACAUAAUGAAGAAAACAAAGCAAAUGAAGAAGAAGGAAAACGUAGAUCUUCCUUUAAAACACACAUUGAAAGAUUAUUUAAAAUUUAUCAAGAAGAUAUUCAUAAUAGUAUGAAUAAUAAAUUGAAGAAGAAAAAAACAAUGAAGGAACAAAUACACCAGAAGAAAAAAAACAAUAACAUAAACAAUAUAAACCAUAUUGAUAAUAUUAAUAAUGUUGAUAAUAAUAAAGAAAAUAUGAAUAAUAGAAAAAACAAACAAAUAAAUCUUCAGGAAAAUAAUAUUUAUAAUAAUAACAAUAAUGCUGAUAAUAAUCACAGUAUAUAUAAUAAGAAUAUUAAUAAUCAUAAUAAUAUUUCUAAUAAUCCUUUCAAAGGUAUAGAGAAAGAUUAUAUUGACAAAAAUAAUAUGAUCAAUGUAAUAUCAAAAUGUCCUAUAAAACAUCCAAAUAUAAAUAAUAUAAAUAAUAUAUAUGAUAAUUAUGAAAAUAAUAAAAAUGAUGUUAGGUAUCAUGUACCAUUUAAUAAUAAUGAUUAUCUUCUAAAUAACCAAAAUUUUUUAGAACCUAAUCCAGAUUAUAUGAAUAAUAAUAAUAAUAAUAAUAAUAAUAAUAAUCAUUAUUAUUAUAAUAAUAAUCAAAUAUAUAUGAACAAUUUUUAUAUGAAUAAUAAAUAUAAUAAUAUGAAUAUGGAACAUAUGAAAAAUUAUUAUAACAAUGCAUAUAAUAAUGAAUAUUAUAACCAUAUUAAUUUAAGUAAUAUACCUUAUAAUAAUAUUCAAUUAGAAAAUGGACAUUUUCAUAAUAUAAAUAUGAAUAAUCAAAAUAUGAUUCCUUUUCAGAAUAUAAAUAAUUCUCUAUAUGCUUCAAAUCAAGUCAAAAUAAAUAAUGAACAUAUUAUUAAUGGUGUUCAUAAUAAUAUAUGUAAUAAUAUGCAGAAUGUAUCAAAAAAUCUAUGUAAUCCAUCUUCUGAUAUUAACCAUGAAAAAAAUGAGGUUCAGAAUAUAUUAUCUAAUUCUAAUGAACAGUAUUUAAAACGUAACUAUAGAGAUAAUACACCCAAAAUAAGUUUUCAAUUUAAUAAAGAAAAAAAUAAUGAACAGGACAUUAAAGAGGAUUGUUUAGAUAAUAAAGAAAAUAUAUCAAAGAAUUUAGAAAAUUUGAGAAUGUUACAUAAUGAUAUACAGAAUGAAAAAGAUGCAAAUCAUAUUAAAGGAACAGAUGAAGAUACUUAUUGUAAUAGUGCUUCUUUAUUAAGAGAUUAUAAUGUUUAUAAGAAAAAUAUAAAUAAUAAUGAUUUAUUAUUAUCAGAUGAUAAUUUUAUGACGAGUCCUUAUGAUAAUAUAAAUGAUACACAUAUAUUAUAUAUUUCUAAUUUUGUUAAUUUUAUAAAUUUAGAAAAUAAUAAAAAUAUAAAUGAUUCUAAUACAUGUGCAUGGUUUAAUAAGAAUGUUUUCGAAGUAUUAAUUGAUGAACAUAAAUUUUUUUCAUCUGUGACAUUUUUAGAUAUUUUAUAUGAAUUUAAUGUUUUCAAUGUAAAAAGAGAUGGUCAUGUAUUUAUAGAAAAUGAUAAUGAAUAUGUAUUACAAGGUAAAUGGUGUGAUUAUGAUUCUAAUAAAAAUAAUUCUACUUCAGUUAAUUUUGAAGAGAAUUUUUGUUUUGAAAUAGCUAUAUCUGAAGAUAAUGAAAAUAAUACACAUAGUGUUUUUCUAUUAAAAUCUAAUCAAUUAAAACAUACAGAUAAUAUACAAAAUGAUAAUACAAUCACUAAAAAAAUUUGGGUUUCAGAAUAUCUAGGAAGAAGAAAUGAAUUCCUUGAAAAAAUUUUAAAAAGAAAUAUUUCCAAUAUAUUAUAUGAAUGCAUUAGUAGAAAACAUUGUUUAUUUCUAUUAGAAGUACAUAUGAAAAAAAUAAAUAAACCUACAUCUUAUGAUAAUAAAGUAAAAGGAAAUUUCUCUUAUUUUUAUUUUGAAUAUAAUAUAAAAGUUCUAUGUAAUAGCGAAAAUUGCAUAUUUACAAAUAAUCAUAUAUUACAUAAAAAUAAUACAUAUUCAUAUACAUUACCAAAUAAUAUCUUAUCUUUACUUGUCUUUUCUGAGGAUAAAUUAAUCAAAGGAAAAUAUCACACUGAAAAUCAAAUAAACACAACACAAAAGGUGCAUUUUCCUCUUUAUCCUUUUUUUGUCAAUAUUAAUUUUUAUAAUGAAAAGUAA